AUGGCCCUGGACACGGUCACUCCCACGUUCCCUUCCGAGCAGUUCUGCCGGUCGGUGGUGCGGUUCCUCGACGCCCUGGAGUACGAGGACGACAACCUGACGCUUGACGAGCGUGUGCAGGGGCUGCGGUACGUGCACUCCAAGACGGCCGAGUAUUUCACGCAGGCCCUGCCGCGCGAGACACUCAAGAGAGUGCAUCCGGAACGGAUUGCGGCGGUGACACGCACCAUCUCGCACUUCAUCAUCUACUGCUGGUCGAGAGUGCCGCGAGACGUGCAGGUGGAAAUCAGCAUCUACCUGUCCAUCAUCAACGUGCUCGACGACGAGAUCAACGCCGACCCCAACGAGCAGAUGGGAUCCUUCUGGGUCGAUCUGCUGCAGGGCAAGCAACAGAAGCAUCCCUUCUGGCUGCUGAUGAACGCGCGCCUCCCCACGCUGCUCAGCCACUACGGAAGCUUCUGCUCGUUCAACAUCAUGCGCUGCACCUUCGACUACUUCGAAGGCUGCUGGAUCGAACAGCACAACUUUCGCGGCUACCCGGGCUCUGACCGCUACCCGGACUUCCUGCGCCGUCUGAACUGUCUCGGCGGCGCCGUCGGCGGCACCAUGUUCCCGGCCGUCGAUUUCGACGACCAGAAGCUGUUUCGGGAGUUUGCCUGCGUCAUGGCCCAGAUCGACGGGCCCGUCGCCCUCAUGAACGACCUGUUCUCCUUCUACAAGGAAUUCAAUCUCGACGAGGCCAACCUGGUCUCCAACUGGUGCGCCGUCGACGGCAUCUCGCUGGACCAGGCCCUGGAGCGCCUGACCGACGAGACCAUCCACGCCUGCCAGCAGAUCUUGAGCGUGUUCAAGGACAAGGAUCCCAGUGUGCUGGCCACCAUCCGCACCUUCAUCCGCGGCUAUGUCACCUGGCAUUUCUGUGACUUGAGGUACCGUCUGCGCGAAGUCUACGACGCCGCUAAAGACCAUGGUCCCGUCGGAGCCAAAUUCCGCCAGUACUUUGAGAAGGCCCUGGAUGUCGGCUGGGUUGACCUGGACCAAUGGACUUUGACUCCGCCCGAGAAUCAUCUCUCGCUCAACGGAGCUGAAGUCGACAUCGACCCUGCCCAGGAGCUCAACCCGGCUCAAGUGAACGGCGCCGAGAUCAGCGAAGCACCAGCUGCACAUGAGGCCAUCGCCGUUGGGGGCUGA